UAUUAUAGUAGGUUUAUUUAUUUGAGUUACUUCAUUUUUCACGAAAAAGAGAAACAAGUCGGAAUGGAUUACCGUCGAGUUUUUCUAUCUAUGGUUGUUUUAACGGCCAUGACAAUUUGUAUUAACAUUUUAUACAUAUUACCUCCCAGGAUUACAAACAGUGCAAUGGAUGAAAAACAUACACGCGAAUUUAAAUCAUUUACGCUACAAAAUAUAAACUGUAAACGAAUCUUAGAAGGCGAUGAGAACGAAAUGCUCCAAGCGAAAUCAAUGGUUCCUAAAUCUUUCCCUGACGACGAAACUGUACUACGGCAUACAACUAAUUGUGUUCAGUUCCGAACACUGUACGGCUAUGACACUAUUCCAAAUACAGAGGAAGAACAGCAGUUUCCCAUUGCAUUUAAUAUACUUUUAUAUAAAGACUUAGCUCAAGUUGAAAUACUUCUUCGUGCUAUUUAUAGACCACAAAAUUACUAUUGUUUACAUGUAGAUGGGUUUUCCCCAGAUCAUGUUCACAAGGCAGCUAAAGCAUUAGCUGAUUGUUUUGAUAAUGUAUUCAUAGUUUCUAAAACAGAGAAUAUAGUUUAUGAAAGUUUUCAGCGAUUGCAAGCUGAUAUCAACUGUAUGGCAGAUCAUUUAGUUAAACCAGACUGGAAAUAUCUAAUUAAUCUUCCUGGACAGGAAUUACCGUUGAAGACUAAUUUACAGAUUGUGAAUAUAUUAAAAGCAUUAAAUAACAACAAUUCUAUAGAAUGUUUGACUAAGCAACUCCUAUCAUAUCGCUUUUAUCGUCAAUAUAUAUAUCAAUACGGUGAUGAUGGAAAACAUUACAAAAUUAUAAAAACCAAGAACCAAAAUCCAAAUUUACCACAUGGUAUGACAAUCGUCAAAGGAAGUGCUUAUGCUGUUUUCACUCAUCAAUUUGUUAAUUACGUAGUCAACAAUCAAACGGCGAAAGAUUUAUUAGAGUGGUGUCGUGGAGUUCUUUCUCCUGAUGAAUAUUAUUGGUCAACAUUAAAUCAUAAUCCACAUUUAAAAGUUCCUGGUAGCUAUAAAGAAAAAUGCACAUCUAAUUUAUUGUCCACAUAUGCAAACUGGCAGAUUGGAAAAACACGAAUGAAAUGUGCCGGGAGGAUUUUGAGAAAUGUUUGUAUUUUUUCAGUGGGUGAUUUGCCAACGCUCGUCAAUAGGAAGGAAUUAUUUGCUAAUAAAUUCGAACUAGAGUAUAGUUACACUGCAAUACAAUGUUUAUCUGAAUGGUUACACAAUGAAACACUUUCCUCGCAACCAAUUGAUGAACAAUUUUACAAAUCAACAUUUUAAUUCGCAAAAACGACCCAUCCUGACAGGUGACCUUGAAGAUGUACAUACAAAAAAAAAAUUAUUGGUUAAUAAAUUUACAUAAGGAGCAAUGAUA